AUGCCUGGUAGCAGUUUCCCAGGAAAGCAAUGCUAUCCUGCGGUCGAGAGCAGAGAUAAGAUAGCAGACCCGAGGAAGGAACGACCCGAACGCGCUAACGGGCAGCCGCGGGGUGUCGGCCGGACUCCGAUCACUGAACAGUCUAAUAAUACCAGCGCCGACGACAAUGGUCAAGCCAACUCGACAAGACAAUUUCUCGAUAUCUCAUCACUCUCCCCCUCCACGCAAGCGAUCCACGCUGAUGAUCCGCUGAAUGUCGUCGACGAUGUCGCUCCUCCGAUCCAUGUCACCACCACCUUCCGCUACCCCAGGGAACCAGAGCGACUGCGCCUGUACCAUGAACGGUCGUACCCCAUUUUCGAGCCCACGGAGCACUGCUACUCGCGCCAGUCCACCCAUGGCACAUCGCGGCUGGAGGCCGUCCUGUCGACCCUGCUGAAGAACCCCUGCGUGACAUACACCUCCGGUCUCGCCGCGUUUCAUGCCUUGGUCACUCUGCUCAACCCCAAGAAGGUCUCAAUCGGAGCAGGAUACCACGGUAUCCACGGCACACUGAAGCUCCAUCAGAGACCGACAGACUGCAAGAUCCUCCCGCUGAACUGUGAUCUCAACGAGCUGUGUGAAGGUGAUCUCAUCCACUUGGAAACACCCGUCAACCCUACCGGCCGCGCACUCAAUAUACAGUACUAUGCUGAUCGCGCGCAUUCGAGGGGCGCCUAUCUGUCUGUGGAUUCGACCUUUGCGCCGCCUCCUCUGCAGGAUCCCUUCCAGCAUGGAGCCGAUUUCGUGCUGCAUUCGGGCACCAAAUACAUUGGCGGCCAUUCGGAUCUCCUGUGCGGCGUUCUCGCGGUGAAACAGACCGAGUGGCUGCAGAAAUUGCUCGAUGACCGUCUGUUCUGGGUUCAGUCAUGGGUGAGCGAGUCCGCACAACGCAUCGUGACUGCAUUGAACGAUGCCGUGACUGGGAAACAAAACUCGAGCCUUUCUUCCGCAGACGCGGAAAUCGUCCGGACCGUGGUCAAGGAGGUGCACCACGCCAGUCUGCAGACGGAGGAUAGUCAAACAUGGCUGAAGAAGCAGAUGCCCAACGGGUACGGACCUGUGUUCUCCAUCGUCCUCCGCACUCCCGCGCUGGCGAAGCAGCUACCGAGCAAGCUGCAUUUGUUCCACCACGCGACCAGCCUGGGCGGAGUCGAGAGCUUGAUCGAAUGGCGGACCAUGACGGACGCGACAGUGGAUAAGGAUCUGUUGCGGAUCAGCGUCGGCGUUGAGGACCCGAAGGACCUUCUGGGCGACCUGGUUCAGGGAUUCAGAGCUGUCAACAAUCGAUUGGUUUUCUUCGAGGGGAUGCGAGUGUCCUCUGUGGCAAAGGCGUUCUAUCUACCAAAUUCGAGCAAAUACAGCGAGGAACACAUAGAUAACGACUACCUAGAUAUAUAG